GGAGCGCGGUGGGCGUUUCCGCAUUCCAGCGCGAGCGCGCACACGAGCCGAGCGCAGCGCGGAGACAGACGCGACGCAUCCGAGACCCUCCUCGAUAUUCCGCUGGAAAGUUGCCCGUUCUGCGCCGGGAUGCCGUACAUCCUCAUCAGCACACAGAUCAGACUGGAGACGGGGCCCACAAUGGUCGGUGACGAAUAUUCCGAUCCAUCCAUCAUGAACUACCUCGGAGCCCGGAAAACAACCAUGCUGGGAAACAACUUCUCCGAGUAUCACGUGGACGAACCGCCGAGACUCGUCUUGGACAAACUGGAACAGAUUGGGUUCAGAGUGGUCAGCAUGACAGGAGUCGGUCAGACGCUGGUCUGGUGUCUCUAUAAAGAGACGAGUGACUCGCUGUGACUCUGUGGCUCGUGUACUGCAGGUAAACAUGGUAAAUGAGGCGAAGAAGGGUAUUAAUCAAGAGAUCUCAGAAACUAUCAUGUGUGAGGUUAUUAAAAUCAAAACAUCUGUCUCAAUUAGCAAUAUUAUCAUCAAUGUGCUUUCUCUGAUUUAUGGAUUUAGCUUUUUGUUAACACUUUUAUAUGACGGGAAAGUAGGUUUUGUUUAGUGAUUGUAGUAAUAUAAACAAUUUAAUUAAGGAACAUCAUAAGAAACAUUAUUCUGUUAUGUUGCAUCUGUAGUGUUGACUUUGACGUUAUCUUGAAUAAAUAAAUGCUUUGCGAUGAAACAUCAGUUUUUAAAAUCCUGUUGUAGCUCAAAAUCAGUUCUGAACAGUUGUUUACAGUGUUUGUACGUGAACAUAUAUUUUGUCUGUACUGAACUCUGAUAUAUUAAAAUUGUUUCUGUAUGUGUGUGACAAGAUGUAAUUAACAAUAAAAUAAAAAGUAUGAUCUUUUCAAA